AUGUCGGAAGUCGAGAAUAGAACAGCUUCAGCUUUUGCGGGCCUGCCAGUAGGGGAUCAUUCAAAUGAACUUCCCCAGAAAUCCUCUGGACUGUCACAUCUACGAAGUUAUUUUAGCAUUGAAGUUACCACAAACCAUGCCGAUCUUUUGCUGUUGCUGUGCUGCUUGGUCACCGGUUUCGUGGAUAGCACGUUCUACAAUGGUAGAGUCUUCUGGAAUAAAGGAAAUACAAUAUUUGUUGCUCUCGGUGCAUCUGGCCAGAACACUAGGCCAUACGGCUGGGCCAGAUCUCUCUCAUCGAUUGGCUUCUUCAUCAUUGGAUCUUUAUUCUUCUCUCGGUUUAACCGCACCUUCGGUGCUCGCCGACGUGGAACAAUUGUGAGCUCUUUCCUACUACAGAGCAUCUGUAUACUUAUCGCCAGUGGUCUGAUAGAAGGAGGAGCCAUCGAUGGAACGGUCUCAAGAACUCCAAUUGUACACUGGAACCAACUUGCUCCUAUAGCACUCUUGAGCUUUCAGUCUGCUGGUCAGAUUGUAAGCAGUAGGGCGCUGGAUGUGGGCGAGAUUCCCACCGUGGUGAUAACAAGUCUACUUUGCGAUCUUUUCUCAGAUCCAUUACUGUUUGACUCGCAUAUCAAAAACCCCAAGAGAAAUAGAAGAGCAGCUGCUUUUAUAUUGACCUUGGUUGGAGCGAUUGUAGGUGGUUGGGUCUAUAAAGCAACCGGAGGAGUUCAGACAAUGCUAUGGGUUGCCGCUGCUGUCAAAUUUCUGCUUGCCCUGUCGUGGAUAUUUUGGGCAAGUGCAUGA